GGCGUUGGCACCGCUCGCUGCGGAAGUCAGACGCUCAACUGUCAGGUGUUCGUCUCGCUGAUCGCAGUCGGUCUCUUCCAGCGUCAGUCCGGACGACCAGCAGCUCGGCAGCGCUAUGGCGGCGUUCAGCACUUCAUCCAGCAGACCCUACCACAUCAUCAUCUUUGGCGCUUCUGGUUUCACGGGACAGUUUGUGGUGGAGGAGGUGGCCCGCACCGCGUCCGAGGGUCCCAAGGGGAAUUUGAAGUGGGCCGUAGCCGGCAGGAACAGAACCAAGCUGGAGAAAGUUGUGGAGCAGGCCGCCGAAGCUCUCAGUAAGCCGGAGCUGAAGUCUGAGGUAGAUAUUCUCGUCGCAGAUGUCAGCGAUCCAGAUUCAUUGGCUGUCAUGUGCAAACAGGCUGUUAUUGUGCUCAGCUGUGUGGGGCCUUACAGAUUUUUUGGUGAACCUGUUGUCCAAUCUUGUGUGGAGAACGGAACACACUGCAUUGAUAUCUCUGGAGAACCACAGUUCCUGGAGCGUAUGCAGCUAAACUACCAUGACCAGGCUGCUGAAAAGGGCGUCUACAUUGUGGGAAGCUGUGGUUUUGAUUCCAUUCCUGCAGAUAUGGGUGUCAUUUACACCAGGGACCAGUUUAAAGGGACACUAACAGCCAUUGAGAGCUUUUUGACUGUGAGUGCAGGGACAGAGGGAGGCUGCAUCCAUGAUGGCACCUGGCAGUCGGCUAUCUAUGGGUUAGCCGACGGCAACAAUUUAAUUUCUAUUUACAGGGGCACACUGUUUUAUAGUAACGAGUUGCAACAAUAUGCAAUUCCCUUCAUGGGUUCCGACCCAUCAGUGGUUAAAAGGACCCAGCGCUACUUAAAUGAAGAACUCACUGAGUCUCCGGUUCAGUACGGGGCGUAUGUUGGUGUCGGCGGUAUUUCCAACAUUUUCAAACUUGUCUUCGCUGGAUUGAUGUUCUUUUUCCUUGUAAAGUUCAGCUUUGGCAGAAAUCUGCUCAUUAAGUUUCCGGAGUUUUUCUCAUUUGGUUUCUUCUCCAAAGAAGGUCCAACUAGGAAACAGAUGGAGGGCUCCUCUUUCCGUUUCAUCUUUCAUGGAGAGGGUUACACUGAAGGUUCAGACCCCAGUGAGGGCAAACCCAACGGCAAGAUCCGCACUCUGGUCAAAGGACCAGAGGCAGGAUACGUCGCCACACCAAUUGCUAUGGUUCAGGCGGCCCUUACCAUGUUGAACGAAUCCGAUUCUCUUCCAAAAACUGGCGGUGUUUACACUCCAGGAGCGACAUUCGCCAAGACCACCAUCGUCGACCGCCUCAACAAACAUGGCAUUCAGUUCUCUGUCCUUUAAGUGAGAGAUUAAACAGGGCUUAACCGGCUUGGCUUUUGCAUCAGUCUUGUGAAGCACCUAUUCAUUUGCUUGCUUGAGCAUAGAGAUUCUUGUUGCUAUGUAAAGCUUCCUAACGGUGUUGCUGUUUUCCGGUUUAGUGUCCUCGUUUGUGCACGGUACACUGGGACGGGUUUGUUAGCAUGCACUCUGCUCAAAUGGCUGUGAAAUCUGCACUAUGAUUGUGG